CAGAGUCAGAGUCAGAGUCAGAGGCAGGUUUCGGAAUUGCAGCAUUGGCAGCGCAAGGGCAGGGGGCAUCUCGUUGAACAACUCGGCAGGGCGCGAAACGAACAUGCAGCACCGAAGUCUUUUCCAAACGGAGGGGGUUUUGAUUGAAUGAUCAAACUGCAAAUGCUCUUCACUCUCGAGUCGCACCGGAGCGCCAGCUCGAAAGACGAUCUUGGUGUAGUUGGAUUGAAUCCAGGAAGCAAGAGUUCCCCCAACCUCGAGCUCUGGUGGAAUUCCUGGCCAGCAGCAGCUGUGAAUCUUGCCAGUCUGCUAGCAUGCAGCUUGGCCGCAUGUAACCAUUGUUUGGAAACUCUGUGCUGACUUUGAUGUGCCGCCAGCUGGAAUUGGGAGCUUGGGGCAAAUGAGGCUAGUGUCAUUGCAUGGGGCCUAUUAAGGCCACGGAGACUCGCAAGCAGAGCGAAACUGUUAGGGCGGAUGAAGGAGUCGGAUGAUUAGUAACAUUUCACAGCCUGCAUCCAAGAUGGCUGCCUUACACUCGUUCUGGGGGGCAAGCAAAGGAAGCAUCGAGUGGUGUGAGCAGAACUAUGCAGUGAGCCCCUACAUAGCAGAGUUUUGGAACUGCAUAACAAACAUCCCAAUGAUCAUACUUGCGGGGAUUGGCCUAGCAAGUGCCAUCCGGCAGCGUUUCGAGAAGCGGUUCAGCAUCCUCUGGCUCAUGAUGGUCACAAUCGGGAUUGGAAGCGCUCUUUUUCAUGCCACAUUGAAGCAUGUGCAGCAACAAAGUGACGAGACCCCAAUGGUUUGGGCAAUCCUGGUGUACAUAUACGUCCUCUUCUCCCCAGAUUGGCACUACACAAAUGCCAUGCCGAUCUUCCUCUUCCUCUACGGAACGUGCUUUGCCAUCAUCCAUUCGCAAUUCCGCUUUGUGAUUGGUUUCCAGAUCCACUACGCCUUCCUUGUGUCGCUCUGUCUUCCACGGAUGUAUAAGUACUACCUCCACUGCAACUCCCCAGUGGCGCAGCACGUAGCCGAGCUGUACAUUUACACGCUUAUCCUUGGGGUAGCAUGCUGGCUUGUAGAUCGAUCGUUUUGUGACCUUCUACAAAGUUUCCCCGUCAAUCCCCAGGGGCAUGCCUGGUGGCAUGUGUUCAUGGGCUUCAACUCCUAUUACGGAAUAACCUUCCUAGAAUACUGUCGAGCCUCACAAUUGCGGUGGAAUCCAACAGUGGUGUAUUGGUGGGGCCUGCCAUACGUACAUGUCAAAAAGGGAGCUGCUAGAGAGCAAGCAGUAAGCAAUGGCCUAAGUAAAGUUGAUUAGGAGGACCAGGAAGUAGUCGUGCUGAUGACUGUAAGUCUGAAUGAUCCAGAAUGGUGAACUCAUUCGCGAGUGGGCUACUGAUCUGAAAACAAUUUCGUGUCCGUUGUUUUUGGCAGUUUGCUCCAUGCCUUGCAUGCGACGGAAAAGACGUUUCAAAGUUCAUUGAACGGCUUAUAUCUUCAACAUCUCGAGUUCAAAGUGGUUAAUGAGCG